AUGAUCGGGGAGGGCCGGGAGGAGGCCUCUCGUCUAUAUGUGCCCCCAUUAGACGAAGAUGAACCAAAUGACUCAAAUCCCGAUGCAUCCGAAGAUUGCCCGCCGCCUGACGUGGAAGCUGGAGGCUCACUCCCAAUCUGGUUGCAAGAAUCAUCCAAGUCCUUUCGUUGGGGCUGGAUUCCCUUGCCGCUUCGAAAGGUAGGUCGGGCAACGGUGAAUUGGGUCAAAGGCCCUGAUCCUCCGCACACCCUACUCCUUCGACCGCUGUUUCCGCGCGUGCAAGAAUUACCGGCGCAAUACCUCAAUCAUUUCUUCCCGAAGCGCAAGCAGAAGCUAGCGCUUCUGCUCCUUCUUUACGUUGCAUGGUUCUUGCCAUGGUUUUUGGUCUUGUUGCACUCCCGAUCAUCCGGGUACAUUGAGGGAUACGGAAAGCUAGAAACUCUCUCUUGCGGGUCCACAUUCUGGCAAUUCGAUAAUGGCUGCGGUAUGAAUGGGAACGACUGCCGCCCGUUCUCCGCGUCAACGCUCGCAUUUCGGUGUCCCGCCAACUGCCGCGACCAGAAGUUGCUGGAGCCACAUGUCGUAGGCAACCAGACCUUCAAUUACCAGCCCUUGGUCAUUGGUGGUCCGGUGUCGGAAUCAAACAUUUCGGCCAUCUAUCGAGCCGAUAGUUUCAUCUGUCAGGCUGCGAUUCAUGCCGGGGUCAUCUCAAAUGACGGAGGCUGCGGAGUCGCGAAGCUCGAAGGUGCUGCGCACUUUUUCCCCUCUGUCAAGCAGCACGGGCUUCGCUCAGAGUCCUUUCCCUCAACAUUCCCCAAGUCAUUCAGCUUCCCUUCGUUGCCUACACACCAGUCGAAUUGCCCUGCGGACCCGCGCUGGUCGCUCCUCGGGGUGACUGCCGCGGCCCUGGGGAUCCUGUGGCUGUUCUGCUCAUCUCCGCCCAUCCUUUUCUUCAGUGCUUUCUACAUGGUGUUUUGCCAUACCGGGUUGGUUGCCGAUCCGCCAUCCUACCCCAAUCUAUCGGACCUUGUGUCAACGCUCCUUUCGCGAUUGUUGCCCGCGUCGUUCGUGGUCUAUGUCCUAUACAAAUUCUGUGCAACUCCACUUCUUCAGCCCCUUAGAUCACCGAUCUAUCAGUUCGAGAAGGCCUUUCUCUUUCUGCCUACUCUCUUUAUUGGAGCGUUAAACAACUACACGUUUGCGCGAUUGAUACCCCUCCAGCGCCUGACCCCCAUGGACAUUCAGCAACAACCGGGCGCAAAGCUGGCCCUUGCCAUCGUCAUCCCAACUGUGCUGGUGAUCAUUCUCAGUCAAGCCUGGACGAUUCGCCAAGGUGGCCUGCUGCCCCGCUAUCUCAAGAUUUAUGGGAUCAUGGCUUUGAUCAUUUUGAUUUUGCUUCCGCUGCCCGGCCUGCGGCUGCGCAUCCACCACUACAUCCUCGCUAUCUUGCUCAUGCCAGGAACUGCGCUCCCCACUCGUCCCUCACUGCUCUACCAGGGCUUGCUUCUCGGCCUGUUCAUCAAUGGAGUUGCCCGCUGGGGCUUCGCAUCCAUUAUUGAGACUCCGGCAGCUUUGGGUGAGUUGGUUCCCGGACGUGCAGGCCAGAAUUGGUGGGGGUCAUCCUACCCCAACGUCACUGCAUCGUCCGUCGAAAUCGCUCUACCCGAGCCGGUGACAGGGAUCACACAUCAAGGGAACGGCAACAUCACAUUCUCGCUGUGGGAGCCUGAGCGCAUGUCUCAGCUCUCCGUGGACGGAGUCUCUGUACUCCUCAACGAUGUUGAGCGUUGGCGCGGUUAUCUCGAUGAGGACCCUGCCGGUGAAUUUACCUGGCAUCGGCAUGGACACGAGGGGUUGGAGCUGGUGAAUACGGCACUGCUCCAGUCUCGAAGCCCAGGCGGCGGAGUGCAUGGGGAAAUACAGUCCGUGCUUUCUCACGGCAAUAAGGUCGACGACUCAAGCAAGGACGAUGUGCCAGACACCUUGUUCUUUCGCUUUGCCUUUUUGCGUGGUGCUGACGCUGGCGCUUACAGUCCGGCUGGAGUCUGGACGAGCGAUGGAAAUUGGAUCGCUCCAGGAUCUGUCAAGAAACAAUAG